CGCUGAGGUCAUCAAAAUGAAAGCUGUGGUGAUUUUUUUCCUGACGGCAACUGUGUUGCUGGCAGCUGCCUACCCUCAAAUAAGUAGGCCUGGAGGCAUCGGGCAACAAAGUGCCGGAGGCAACAAGCCACAAGGUAGCGCAGGAGGCAGCGGGUCACAAGGUGGUACAGGAACCAGCGGGUCGCAAGGUGGUCAAGGAGGCAGCGGGUCACAAGGUGGUACAGGAACCAGCGGGUCGCAAGGUGGUCAAGGUGGCAGCAAGCCACCAAGUGGUACAGGAACCAGCGGGUCACAAGGUGGUCAAGGUGGCAGCAAGCCACCAAGUGGUACAGGAACCAGCGGGUCACAAGGUGGUCAAGGUGGCAGCAAGCCACCAAGUGGUACAGGAACCAGCGGGUCACAAGGUGGUCAAGGUGGCAGCAAGCCACCAAGUGGUACAGGAACCAGCGGGUCGCAAGGUCGUCCAAGCAGCGGUUGAGCAACUACAGUCCUUCACCUGACACAGGAUGUGUGUGUUGAUGUCGGAUAUACCCACUACCUGUUGAUGUCGGGUAUUCCCACUACCUGUUGAUGACGGAUAUACCACUACUGUUGAUGACGGAUA